AACUUAGCUGCCGUUAAAUAUAUGUUAGAAAAAAUUAGUAAUCUGGAAAAGUGGAACCAAUUCGAAAUAUCGAGUACAAUUAUCGACACUGUGGGAAUUUGUGUUGUCGACUUGCCCAAAUCCAAGAAAUCUUUUGACUAUGAAAAAUUUGAAAAAAUAUUUUCUCAUAUGGACAAACUUGCAAUUGAGCUACCAGACUAUAUUUGGAGAGUAGAGGAUAUUAUGGUACAAAAAAAUGCAGUCUUGAGUGAACUGGAAAUAAUACAAGAAAAAGUUGAGAAAAUAAUGAAGUUCGAUUCUGGAAAUUGGCGUCAAAUACAAUCCAAUUUCUAUAACACAAUAAGUUCAAACGAUAUUAAGUCCAUCAAGAAAAUUUCUGCAAAUGUCAGAGGAUUGAUAAAUCUUUACGGUAACAAUAACUUUGUUGAGAGAAUCAUCAAAACUCCGCCUAUUGAUUAUUUUAAUGCUCUUCUAUUAGAAUUUGAUGUUUCACGAGCUCUUUCCAUUGCAAAUUGUUUGAAAAAUAGAAGCUUUAAACUAGGAAAAAUUAAUGAAGUUCUAAAAAUCCUUCUUGAUUUCGAUUCGUUCAAAACUCCUGAAACAGAAUCACAAUCAAAUAUGAUUGGAUCUUAUAUGGAAGGACUUUCUAAAAUUCUGAAGCGGUUGAACAUUGCUAGAGACGAUUCAUUGAAGAGUUUGAGUGAUGAGACAAGGUAUUUGAAUCGAUUUAAUCAAUCUGAAGAUUUCAAUAAACCCUUGAAGAUUGGAAAAGAAGCAAUAGAGGAAUUACAUAUUAGCAAGAAGGAGAUGAAACUUUUACGAAGUAUGUUAAGUUCAAAUUAUAAUUUCAACGGCAAUUUCUGGAAAACAUGGGAGUCUGAAGGAAAGAAGAAAUUGAACGAGACAAUCGAAAAGAUGAAACAUUUGAAUUAUUUGAUGGGAAAUCAAAAUUUUGAUGAUAUUUCAAGUAUUGCGAUUGUAUUUGACGAAGCUGCGACUAUUAAUGGAUUGGUUGGAGUAUUCAAAAAUUUUGAUAAAUUUAAAGAAAAUGUAAAGAAUGUGAAAGGAAGUGAGGAGAUAAUAGAACGAUUGGAAGGCAUCCGAGCACUUCGUUUGGAUUUCACUUAUUACCACAAAGAACUCAAAGCCGCUUCAGAAAGUGUUACUAUUCUUAACAAUUUCCUCGAUGAGCUUUUUAGAAAAGAAACUAUUUGGGUACCGGAUUCAACUGAAUGGUAUUUCAUUGUUCUUAUUGUACUUGGAUCUCUUGUUCUUUUAGUCAUUAUCCUGAUUAUCCUGUACUCAAUAACUCCAAUUGGAAGAAGAAAAUGGAAACGAUUUUAUUUAAAUCGAUUUGCAUCAGAAGCAAUUUCAAAUUUGCAUUGGAGAUAUUCAUUCUGGAUUGAUCGAGAAUGUGAUAAAAAUUCAUUGUGUACAGCUGUUAGAGAAAUAAAUUUCGAUCAACGUUGGAUCAACGUUGGACGUUGGUGGAUAAGGGAGUGUUCAUUAAUUGUUUGGAAAUACUCCUCUUAUGCUGCUGCAAAAUAUGGACAAGUGAAGAUUGCUGAUUAUCUCAUUCGGAAUGGUUCUGAUAGAGAAGCAUUUAAUGUUGAGAAUAAGACACCGGAACAAUUAUUGACUGAAAGCAUGCAGACAACAAGUAAAUAUCUAACAUUUACAAGCGGAACCACUCCAAGUGAUGGAGUAACGAAGAGUAAAUUAGCUGAAAUGCAGAAUCUGCAAGAUAUCAAAAAGAUUUUCGAGAAGAACAGAGGAAAAGUGUUCCGACAAAAGCUUCCUGAAUUACUUCCAACAAUGUCUUAUCGUAUACGUAUUGAUACUCGAUUGACUGGUGAUACUUACAAAUCAUUCAUUGACUGGUACAAAGGAAAUGUAACUGAUCAAAUGUCUGGUGUAACUCAUUUCAUUGUCCAAACUGAUUCAAGUGGUCGUUUAAAUCCAACGAUUUCGGUUACAUAAUGUGCAUUUUCUUGCCAACAUUAAUGAUGAAGCAAGAAUGGAUGAGUGCUUGUUUGACCAAGAAAUCAAACUUCCGAAAUGAUUAUAAAUAUCGUGUGGAACAAGUGAAAUACAGGGGAAAAGUGUAUGAAACAGUUUUGAAGUGGGCUGAAUGGAUUCACAAGCAGAGAAUUCCCUACUUAUUUGGAGUACAUAUCUACGUGGCAAUCGAGAAGAUGUCUGCAAAUGAGAAGAUUCAAUGGAAGCAACUAGUUGAAAUGCACGGAGCCACGUGGAUGGAUCAGAUGCCAAAUAAAGCGAAUUUCAAUGAAGGAUCACACCCAUUCCAUCAUUUCCAUCUCAGACCACUUUUCAUCUUUCAUGACACGAAGAAUAACAUGGAUUCAAAUAAAAACGACAAGAUGUUCACUCUGAUGACGUAUCAUAAAUUUAUCAUUUUCAUGUUAAAGUUGGAAUGCUCCUAUGAUCCAGAGCGAAACGUUCCCAUUCCAGUUACUAACGUUUUGGAUGAAGAAUAA